AUGGCUGACAUCAGGAAACAGACUCCGUCACCCCUCCCUUCUUCUCGCAACCACCACAGCCACAACCACGAUGAUGUCCAGGGGAUCGAUAUCAUCAAGGCCACUCGCAAGCCCACAAAGAUGGACCACUUCCGCGCAUUGGUCGCUCACAACUUCAGAGUUACCCUCCGGGACCCGACUGUCUACAUCUUUGGAUCUGUCAUCCCCGUCAUCAUGAUCGGUGCUGCCGUUGUUAUCUCCCUCAGUAUCCAGAGUGGCGUUCCAAAAAUUGAAACUGGCACCAUCGAUACGAGGGUGUUCACUGCAGGAGAAGCUGGACUGGAGAGCUCUUAUGUCACCAAACCUGUCGUCUACUUUCCCGUCGUCCAGGCCAUUCCUGGACUCACCAACCUCACCGACUCGGUCGUCCAGAACCUGGGUCAGAUCUAUCGCCCAUUCAAUCCAUACUUUGCCAACUUCUCAAGCAUGGAUGACAUUGUCAGCUAUGAACUUGCUAAUGGAGAGGCCAUGUUGAAGAACAAGACCUUGGAGGACUACAAGCCCCAAAUUGGGUUCGAACUCGACGCCCUCGCAGCCUCGACAUCGACUUCAGGAGCCCUGGAUCUUGGAUUUACGUUACUGUCAGCCAAGAACGACUCUAUCCCCUACUUGCUGAGUGCCCUCAACGCAUUCACUCAAAACGUCGAUGCGACCAGUGGAACCAGUGGAGGAGCUGCAGGAACUGGAUUGCGUUUCUUGUCGACUCUCAAAACGUUUGCUGCCCAGGGUUCUGAGAAUGUUGACAUCCCCAGUUUUAUUGUCCCCUCGUUCAUGACCUUUGCAUUCUCGUUUUUCACCACCUUUGUCGCAGCUAACUUGGUCGCAGAGAAGGAGCACGGACAAAAACAACAUCUCCAGAACAUGGGUAUCAAGCCCAUCACCUACUACCUGGCCCGCUAUGUGAUUGAUUUGGUCUCGUUCUUGAUCCCCACCGUCGCCUGCUUUGUCAUUCUUGGAGCAGCUCGUCUUCAAAUGAUCACAAGCGGUUCUUGGGUGCCCUAUCUUAUCGUCCUCCUCUUUGCCGGUUUCCCCGUCAUCUCCUUUGGCUACCUCCUCUCGCUCCCUUUCCAAAAGUCUCAGUCGGUCGGUCAGGUCCUUGGUGUUGGUCUCAGUUUGAUCGUCUUUGUCCCUUACUUUUUCGUCGAGUUUGUCUUCAAUGGAGUCUCAAACUUGGCGAUUGUCUUGGUUGGAUGCAUUGCCCCCACUUUUGCUAUGGAGCGUGCCAUCUCGUCAAUUGCUACUUCCGCGACUAGCGGAAGCCCCUAUACCGUUGCUGAGGUUUUUGACAUCCAGAAGCCGGUCUUCUGUGCCAUCCUUGUUUUUGUCGGUAUCACCAUUGUCCACUUUUGCGUCAUCUUCUAUGUCGAAAGCAGGACUCAGUCUCGUCGUUCCUUUUUCCGCAAAAACAACAACAAUAACAAGAAGCACGCCGAGGAAUCUCAGGGGGCGUCUCACCUUGCUGGAGGUGCACUCAAGCGUCAGGACACUACCAUCACGUUCGAUGGCAAGUACCGUGAACGGGAUGCUGAAGUGGUUGAAGAGACAUUGAGACUCAAGGGUUCCGAAGAUGAAAACGAUGCCGUCCGUCUGCUAGGUCUCUCCAAGAAGUUCUACAUCAAGAGUAAGAAGCGUGACCUCAUCAUCCUGGACGACGUCUACCUGGCCUUCAAGAAGAACGAGUGCUUUGGAUACCUGGGACCCAACGGAGCAGGAAAGACCACGACCAUCAAGAUGUUGACAGGAGCCGAAUCCCCCACAUCUGGCGGCGGCACCAUCGAAGGGCUUCCGAUUGCGCCCUUCCAUGACGACUUGCGCUCGAUGAUCGGUAUCUGCCCCCAAUUUGACAUUAUUUGGCCAAAGUUGACUGUCCGCGACCACCUGGAGCUGUUUGCCAAGAUCAAGGGAGUGGCUCCUGAGGACAUGAACGCGGCGGUCGACCAGAUGGUGGACGAGAUGGGAUUGAGGCCUUUGGGCAACAAGCGUGCCAAGACAUUCUCGGGUGGAAAUAAGCGCCGGCUCAGUUUGGCGAUGGCGGUCAUUGGAUGCCCCAAGGUUGUCUUCCUGGACGAGCCCACCACCGGAGUCGAUGUUGCGAUCCGUCAGGCGAUCUGGAACUCGAUCCGCAAGCUCAAGAAGACGUCGUGUGUGAUCUUGACCACCCACUCGAUGGAGGAGGCCGAUGCUCUGUGCGACAGGAUCGGGAUCAUUACCAACGGGCACAUUCAGGCCUUGGGCACCUCGCAACGGUUGAAGAACACCUAUGGCGCCGGCUACAAGGUCAUUGUUAAAACAUAUGCCAACCCUCACCUGAUGACUGGCGAGAUGGAACGCACAGUUGGCGCUGGACGUGUGACUCUGAUUCAGGCAUUGGGAUCCAGUCUGGAGUACGAGUUGACGCGUGUGGAGGGCGAGCGUACGACAGAUAUGUUGGCCAAGUUGUUUACUCUUUUCGAGCAAAAGCGCAAGGAGUUGGGCAUUGAGGAUUACUCUGUCAGUCAGACCACGCUUGCCCAGGUCUUUAUCGAGUUUGCCAAGGAGCAGGCUGCUCCCGAGGACAAGUAG